AGUUGCACAGCGUUAGUAAACCAGUAAACAGGUAACAGGUAACAGGUACCAACUCAUAGCCAACAGUUAACAGCUAACAUGAGUCGUGCUCUUAUUGCAAUUGGCCUCUUGGUGCUGUUCACAAUAGCCGCAGCCAAUGAAAACCAACUACCGGACGACGUGCUCCAUCUGGCCUAUAAUCCCACAUAUGAUCUCUGGUAUUUUAAUCCCAGAGGCAGACCCGAUAAAGUAACUGACAACAUCAAGAAUGCCUAUAACGAACGCAGACCUGGUGGCGUUUGUUACCUGCCCGACGAUAUUUGGUUCUACUGUAGAACCGGCGAGAAAAUUAGUGAAUAACCUUGUUCAGCAUUUUAAAUGAAGAAUUACUUACUGUGCUUGAGCUUAAGGUAAACAAUUUUUGUCAGCUUGUAUUAAAUCAUUGAAAUAUACCUGCACAAAAAAAUUUAAAUGUCAA